GAAAAAUGUGCGCAUGCUACUUUCUUUCGGUUUUGUUGGUUGAACAAUUAAUUGCUAUGCUAUGGAGGAUGCAGGAGUGCGAUGCAAGGAUGCAAGAGAGAGCUGCAGAACUGAUGGAGCAGGUAAGAAGCAUGUUCAAGGACAUUACCAACAUCUUGCAAACUAUGGACUUGGUCGAUUCAAUCCAGCUUCUUGGAUUGAGUUAUCACUUCGAGAAAGAAAUAAGUGAAGCAUUAAACCGAGUCCAUGAUGCCGAUUUUAACGAUCAGGCUCUCUACGAUACUGCUCUCCGGUUUCGCCUGCUGAGACAACAAGGGUAUCAUGUGACCCCUGAUGUUUUUAACAAGUUCAAAGAUGAGAAAGGGAGUUUCAUGUGUACCUUGGAAAGUGAUGUGAAGGGACUGUUAAGCUUGUACAACGCAGCUCAUCUUGGGACUCACAGGGAGAUAAUUCUUGAUGAAGCCAUCUCUUUUACCAGGAACCAUCUAUUAUCUGCGUUAGGCGAUCUUAAACCACCAUUAACAACGCAAGUGUCUCUUGACCUCGAGACACCUCUAUAUAGAAGGAUGAGAAGGCUCUUGGCAAGAGAUUAUAUCUUUAUAUACCAAGAGGAUGCCACACGAAAUGAUGUCAUACUGGAGCUUGCAAAGCUGGACUUCAAUAUACUACAAUCUCUUCAUCGUGAGGAGCUUAAGAACAUCUCUUUGUGGUGGAACGAAAUAGCACCCUUCAAAAGUCUCGAUUGUUCUCGAGACCGAUUGGUGGAGUGCUACUAUUGGACUCUGGGCAUAUACUUUGAACCCCACUAUUCCCGUGCACGAAUGAUAACGGCCAAGGUCUUUGCCCUAAUCACUAUUAUGGAUGACAUCUAUGAUGUCUAUAGCACACUGGAGGAGAGUCGACAAUUCACCGAGGCAAUCCAAAGAUGGGACGCAAAGACUGUUCAACAACUACCAGAGUAUAUGAAGGACUACUUUCUCAAGUUAAUUCACACCUUUGAAGAGUUCGAAACUUUGUUAGCACUCGAUGAGAAGUAUCGCUUAUACUAUCUUAAGGAAGCGAUGAAAGCUGUAUCUAAAGCUUACUUCGAGGAAUCCAAAUGGUGUGCUCAACGUUACGUGCCAACUGUUGAAGAACACCUACAGGUUUCCCUGAUAAGUGCAGCAUAUCCUAUGCUCAAAUGUGCUUCUUUUGUUGGAAUGGGAGAAAUAGCGACGGAGGAGGUAUUUAAGUGGAUUACUAGUUUCCCAAAGAUUGUCCGAGCUUCUACGAUAAUUGCCCGUAUCAUGAAUGACAUUACUUCACAUGAGGUAUGGUCAUAA